AUGUUUCUCCAUUCUGGCGCAAGCCUGCAUGGGCACGAAUACUCCAACAAGACCGCUACCAGCGGCAACCAGCCUGCGCGCAGGCAUAUUCUCCUACGCUCAUCAUUAGGCGCAUCGCCGCUUCAGCGAUCAUCAUUUUCAACUGACGAGACCGAGACGCCAACACAACGUGUCAACCGACGCCUUUCAUUACAAGAGCCCGCCUCCGCUGCCCGCCCCGUGCGGAGAAUCCGACCGGUAUCUGAUUUCGUCCAAAGAAAGGACCUCGUCGUACGUUUCGAGGAAGAACCUACCGUUGUAGGUGACGAAACACAUGGCCUGGAUGGCGUGAGCGAAGACGAAGGCAGCCUAGUAUCGGAGAUUAGCGAUACAAGUACUAGACGCUUCGUUUCCAUCCGGCCGCGACUUCUCCUACAGCUGCAGCAACUAUCGAACGACAAGCGGCCCAUGCCCGCCAUCGAUGUCGUCCCCUCGAGCAUGAUUGCUGGGACAGUGAUCCUUCCCCGCCUCGCACGACGUUUCCCCAAGAUGUUCAGGGUCAAGGGACAGCUGGGCAUGAAUGGCCUCAUCUUGGCCAAGAGUGAGGAUUACGACAAUAACGCUGACGACUCGGACUCGGACGAGAAAGAUCUCGAUAAGCGCGACUUGGUGGCCGUCAUCUCGCCGGUCUCAUCUCGGAAAGAGGGCGAGCGGAGGGAUUCUGGUGAACAGACAGAGAUUGUUUUGGCGGACGGUUCAGUCUGGACGGCCACUCAGACAAGCAAUGGGUCGUACGAUUUCGUCCACGUUGAUGAAACUGGCCAAACGACAAUUGCGAGAUGGGCCAGACGAAGUGCCCGCCCUCUGUCCACGGCUACAUGCAGCGCGGCAUCGAUCACCGCUCCCUCGGAGUACAAAUUUACUUUCAGCAUCCUCGAUCCACAGCUUCGUCGACACCCCGUCAUGGCAACUUUGACGCCGGCUAACCUCGAAAUCUUGGAUAACUACACCACCGUAUCACAAUCCUCCGGGCGUUAUCCUCCUACACGACCUUUCAGCAUGGACUUGAGCGGCGAUAAGGGUAUUCCAUCGCCGCCAUCAGCAUCCCACGGCGCGACACAACGAGAGACUCACCCUGUGGACGAAGCAACUCGAAUCCUUAUCACCGUAACUUCAGUAUGGGUAUCCCUCCGUCAUGGCCAAGGCUGGGCAUCGUCGGCAGCGUCUCCUGUGCCGGGGACCAUCCGACCCGCACAGUCUCGUACUGUUAGCGGCAGCAGCUGCCAGAGUCGCGCAUCGACCUUUCCUGUGUCAACGAUGGAAAUGAAUCGGAUCUCCUCUCCGCCAUUAGUGCAGCAACAAGUAGUGACUCAGCCCGCAUCAGUUGUGCCCAAGAGGACAUUCUCAUCCGGCGCUGCCUUCAUGCAGCGCCGUCAAACAAAGCUUGGUGGCGAGUCGGUGACCACCGACAAUGCGGCCGAGUCUGAUGAUUUGGGCGGACUCGAAAAAGUGCCCGAGCCUGCGCCUAUCAAGAGGAGUUUCUCCAAAAGGAUACGGGAUUGGGGCCAUCGCUUCACUUCUAGGAAGACAGCAACUGCAUAA